ACCCCAGAUUGCUUGACCUGUUACCCCGGAUGGGAGACCGAUUUCCACUUGGACUUCCGGUUUCAUGGCAUAGCCGGGAUGGACCUUGUUGCCCCCUUUUAUAAGUAGAAGAACCUAGCAUACCGAAGUGAACGCUAUUGCUUCUCUCAACGGACACGACCCACCAUGCCAGCCAAGAAUCAGCACGUCGUCGAUCUGUCCCUCGAGGCGCUGCGGGUGCCCGGCAGCGUCGAGCUGCGCUUCUACGUGCCCAUCGCGGCUGCGCUGCUCCUGCACCUCGGUGUCCAGUACCGCGAGCCGCGCUCGAGGCCGUUUUUCGCCCUGUGGAUGCUCACCAACGCGGCGCUGACCUACUUUAUCCACGAUGCUUGGCGGCUCUCGCCGUCUGCGUCGGCGGGCAUCGUGUGGCAGAUGAACGUCGUCUGGGUCGCGACGCUGUUUACCAGCAUGGCCAUCUACCGCCUCUUCUUCCACCGUCUGCGCCACUUUCCUGGCCCAGUCUACCUGCGCCUGUCCAAGUGGGUGAUGGUGUACCCGGACCUGCGCGGCCAGCGGCCCUACAUGUUCCAAAGGUACCACCGCAAGUACGGCGAUGUGAUCCGCACGGGCCCGCGCGAGCUGUCGGUCUGCGACCCGGCUGCGCUGAGCGCCAUCUAUGGCGCCACGGGAGCCGCAGCCCGGUGCACCCGUGGACCGUGGUACGACUUCACCGUCGAAUCGACACGGGUCGGGGCGCGCAACCUCCAGUCGACGCCGACGAUGUCCGACCAUGCGUCGCGGCGAAAGGUGUGGGACGCUGCGUUCUCCAUGAAGGCAAUCAAGGGCUACGAGGAGAACAUCCUCGACAAUGUCAACCUGACCAUGUCGCAGAUCUCCAAGCGCGAAGCCGAGGGGCCCGUGGACCUGGGCCGGUGGUGCAGCUGGUUCGGCUUCGACGUCAUGGGCGAGCUCGGCUUUGGCCGCGGGUUCGACAUGGUCAAGAAGGGCAAGACGGCCCACGAGAUCCACCUCCUCGAGCAGGGCGUCAUCCUCAUCAUGGCCUCGGGCAACGUGCCGUACAUCAUGUCGCUCGUCAAGGACUUUCCCAACCCGAUCCGGCUGUUUGAGGAGUGGAUCGUCAAGACGCUCAAGGUCCGCGUCAAGGAGGGCAAGACGGGCUGCGUCGACGCAGACGUCUUUUCCUAUCUCCUCGGCGAGAGCAAGGCGAGGGGCAACCCACAGACAUUCGACGAACUCAGCGCCGAGGCGGGCCUCCUCAUCGUCGCCGGCAGCGACACGUCGUCCAACGCCAUGGCCGUCACGCUCUACUACCUCGUCAAGCACCCCGAGUACUACCAGCAGGUGCGCGACGAGGUUGCGGCCGCAUUUGGCGAGGGCCACAUGGCCGACGACUUUGACAAGCUCGCCAAGGAGUGCCCCUUUAUCAAUGCCUGCAUCAACGAGGCCCUGCGCCUCUGGCCGCCCGUCGCCAGCGGCCUGCAGCGCAACACGCCGCCCGAGGGCCUGACGCUGCCCGAUGGCACCUACAUUCCCGGCAACACCGUCGUCUCCACCAUGACGUACGCCAUGCAGCGCGACCCGCGCAACUUCUCCGACCCCGACUCGUUCCUGCCCCGCCGAUGGAUCGACAAGCUAAAGGAGGGCGAGGUGUUUAAUCAGAAGGCCUUUGCUGCCUUUGGCUACGGGCCGACGGGCUGCAUCGGGCGCAACGUGGCCUACCACGAGAUGCGCGCCAUGAUUGCGCGCUUCUGCCAGACGUUUGAUGCCAAGUUUGCGCCUGGCUUUGAUGCCGACGCCUUCCAGGAGGGCAUCCGCGACUGCUUUGUCAUGGUCAAGCCGCCGAUUCCCGUCGUCGUCAAGACGCGCAAGGCGUAUGCGAGCAUGGUUGUGUGAUAAUGAAUUGGCCUUCUGGCCUCUCUCCUAGUCCUUGUCACCCAGUGCAAUCCCAUUCACCUGUCU